AUGUCAUUCCAGAAGCUCCUCCUGGCCCUGACUGGGGCCCUGGACUGGGGCAUUCAGCCCGUCAACCCCCAGACCGUGCCCCCGGAGCGGUGCGCCACAGGUGUUCAUGCCAUUCUAGCCCGUGGCCAAGGUCCGGGCGAUCACUUGAAUGUGAUGGUCUCCAUCCAAAACCUGAUCCUCCAGCUUAUUCCGGGCUCCAGCAGUGUGGCUCUGCCCUACAAGCACGGCUCCGAUGACCAUCGUGUAGCAGCUGCGGACGGCGCCCGAAUGAUGCAGCGAUACGUCCGAGAGUAUGUCGCCAGCUGUCCUCAGUCUAAAAUAUUUCUCAUGGGGUACUCGCUGGGUGGAAUAGUCCUGAUGGACGCCCUCUGCGGCACGAGCUCUCUGUGGCUCUAUCCUGUUCCUGCCUUGGAGCCAUCAUACAACCAAAACGUGAUCGCGGCUGCCACAUACGGUGAAGAGACCUAUCUCCCGGGUGAAUCGUGGGACGUGGGGUCUUGCACUGAUGGAGUGGGCCUCUAUCCGCGCCUGCAUCCCGAAUGGUGCAAUCCCUAUGCUUCAUCACUCAGAGACUACUGUGACGAAGGCGAUAUGGAAUGCUGCCUCAAUCACUACCCGCCCAACGACUCACAUUUCUUGUACAUCUUCAAGUACAACGUGGAUCUACUAAAAUUCAUCCAGCGACGACUGAACGAGACCCGAUCACAAUGA